AUGAAAUAUCGUCUUUUUCUCCUCCUUCCACUCCUUACCAUCUUCCUCCCUUGCAUCGCCGGGGAUGCCACCCAACUGGUCUACGACACGGAGGGCCACGAGCUGAGUAGCGAUUCUCUAUAUUACAUUCUCCCGGUAGAUCGCGGGACCGGCGGCGGCAUCAAAGUCUCCCCUGACAAGACAGAAAGUUGCAAGUUCUUUGUGGUCCAGUCUCGCAGCGAGGCUGUCACCGGCAUCCCCGUGCAAUUCAAGCCGCAGAAUGCUUCGGCCGGUGCGGCGGUUCGCCUGUCGACCGACAUCAGGAUCAGAUUCCGCAUCAUCACAACAUGCAUGAAGUCCUCGGAAUGGUAUGUCACCAACAGCUCGCCGCUGACAUCGCGUCAGAACGUGGCCAUUAUGGGAAGGGUGGGUGGCCCGGAACCACCACCAUCGGCCAAGGUGUUCCGCGUCGAGAGGUAUGACGGCGCAACGAAGGGGUACAAGCUGGUUUCGUGCACCGGCGAGGGGCCGUGCAAAGAUGUGGGCCUGGAUACUUCUGAGGAGACGACGUGGCUGGCCACAAGCAACUCACCAUUUGUGGUCGUGUUCAAGAAGGCAGAUGCAUAG